AUGGGCGUGGGUGGAUGUUUGGUCAUAAAAAGCACCGGGACCGUCUGUGCCCAGGAACGGACAAAUUCCAUUUUUUGCUGCUCGCCGCCGAGGGGCACAAGAACACAGAAAAUGAGUGUUGAGGACGAAGCAAAGCUAAAGGAACAGAAGAUAAUCAACGAGGAGUACAAGCUGUGGAAGAAGAACGCGCCGUAUCUGUACGACAUGCUGGUGACGCAUUCGCUCUCAUGGCCCUCGCUGUCCGUGCAGUUCUUCCCCGAGGCAACGCGGAACGAGGCGAGCAGCACCACAACGCAGCGGCUGCUGAUAAGCACGCACACGAGUCAGAACGAGGACGAGUUCAUCAAAAUACUGAGUGCUACGAUACCGGACACGGUGUUCAGCGACGAGGAGAGCUACGAUGUGCGCAUGGACACCGAGCAGCAGAUACGUGUUAAGGACGACGUGAAUCGCACACGGAUGAGCCACAAGAUGAGCAACCUGAUUGCAGCGCGCUCAGACUCGGAGGACGUGCACGUGUUUGAUUACACGAAGCACCUGAGCAUGGAGACGGCCUUCAUGCCCGAGCUUGUUCUGAAGGGCCAUGAGAAGGGCGGAUACGGGCUGUCGUGGAACUACAACAACAAGAACGUUCUUGCGACAUCGGGAGAAGACGGGCUCGUGUGCGUGUUUGAUAUCGAGAAGAACACGGCGGAGAGGCUAACAGGACAUGACGGGGUGGUUGGCGACUGCUGCUUCAGCUUUUUCAACGAGAACGUUCUCUUCUCGUGCGGCGAUGACAAGAACAUCAUCGUGUGGGACACGCGGACCAAGAAGCACGAAAAGAUCGAAAACGCGCACACCGCGGAGAUCUACGCGCUCAACUGCUCGAUGCUCGAGGACAACGUAGUGUGCACGGGCAGCAAGGACACGAGUGUAAGGGUGUGGGACAUGCGUAGGACACAGAAGGAGCUGUUUACGCUGCUGUCGCACAAGAAGGAGGUGUUGCAGGUGCAGUUCUCGCCACAUUUCAGCAACAUUCUUGCAUCCUCGGGGACGGACAGGCGGGUGUGCGUGUGGGACCUUGACCGGGUGGGGACACUCCAAACAGUGGAAGAGAAGGAGGACGGACCGCCUGAGCUGCUGUUCCUGCACGGGGGACACACCAACACGGUGUGCGAUUUCUCGUUCAAUUCGCUGGAACCGUGGGAAAUAGCAAGUGUUGCGGAAGACAAUGUCAUACAGAUAUGGCAGAUGUCACGGGUAGAGAAGGAUAAAGAUGUUGAUUGA